CUGAUUGUUUUACCCGUUUUCCCAUGUCCUUUUCGUAAACAUAAUCGGUCGUUAUACUUUCCAUUCCAUUCGUAAACAAAAACAUAUUUAUUCUCCCUCCCCUUCAAUGGAGCUUUGGAACGCCUUUCAUUCUGUUUGGUGCACAUAACCAAUUCAGUUUCCCACGACGAACGAACAAUUCUAAAAAAGAUAAAAAACAAACAUUAUCGUUUUAUUUAUUAAAGAAAAUGUCCAAAAUAACACGCAAAACAUUAGAUUUGAAGCAGUUUAUGUUACGUCAAGAAGUCUUGAAGUUAUAUCGGGAAAUAUUUCGGACAAUCAAACAAGUGCCUGAUGCCAGCAGCCAAUAUGAAUUACGAUCAUGGGCUAGACAUGAUUUCCGUACAAAUCGACAUCAAACCGAUGAAGUGGCCAUAAAAAUGCUCAUACAAGCGGGAAGACGAAGUCUCACGGAGUUGCAGACAAGUUUACGUCUGAGUGGUGUCACUACCAGCAACCCAACAAUCAGUGACAAAAAGUAGUGUUAAUUGAAAGUUUUUAAAAGAGCCGUGAAAUUAGCGAUCCAUCCCCCAAUAAUCGCAAGGACUGUGGCUCGUAUGCAAACCAACCAAUAAUCCUCACCAAGAUGUAAUAAACUUAUAUUGUUUUCCUUUAACUCUUCGUUUUUUCGUGUUUAUUAUAAAUGAUUAUAAAUAAUUAUCGCAAAAUGUUGCAAUCCUAUACAAUAGUUGUGUAUUUAACUGAUUUAAAAUAUAUUCGUUUUUGUUUUGAUUUGUUUCAGCA